UUGUACCUAAGUUUUGUGGUUUUGUUUUUACAUCCUAGAAGUAGAACCAAGUGCGAAAAAGCAAAAGGAAAACCCAACAACACAUUGAAGAUUGAAACAUGAAACUCCCCAUUCAAACCUUACACUCUCUCUCGCGUUGAUUUGUUUCUCUGAAAUCGGAUCUAUUCAGCAAGGCUGCAUCUUUUUCCGUGGUUUGCUGAUACUGUACUUUGUUAUUUAUGCAACAUGGAAUCCAGAUUAGUUGAUCGAAGUGACGGGGCAGAAGUUUCCGGGGAUGGUAAUUUGGUGGAACCGAAUGAUGGGUGUAGAUCAGCAAAGAGUUAUUCUGGGAGAGAGUUGGGUAUCUCUGAUCAUGACAAUGCUGUUAAGGAACCAUAUGAAGGCAUGGAAUUUGUAUCCGAAGAUGCUGCUAAGAUAUUUUAUGAUGAAUAUGCCCGACAUGUAGGAUUUGUCAUGCGUGUGAUGUCUUGUCGGCGCUCAGAAAGAGAUGGUAGGAUUCUCGCCCGCAGGUUUGGAUGUAAUAAGGAGGGCCAUUGUGUUAGCAUACAAGGGAAACUUGGUCCAGUUCGUAAACCAAGGGCCAGCACUAGGGAAGGUUGUAAGGCGAUGAUUCAUAUCAAGUAUGAUCAGUCCGGAAAAUGGAUGAUAACAAAGUUUGUAAAAGAUCAUAAUCAUCCACUAGUCGUCUCUCCACGUGAAGCACGCCAAACAAUGGAUGAGAAGGAUAAGAAAAUUCAGGAACUAACAGUAGAACUUCGGAUUAAAAAACGGUUGUGUGUAACAUAUCAAGAACAGUUAAAGUGUUAUAUGAAUAUUGUUGAAGAGCACAGUGACAAGCUGUCUGCAAGAAUUCAUCACAUACUUGAUAAUCUUAAAGAAUAUGAAUCCAUAGAAGAGCUUUUGCACCAGACGUAGCCCUGCAUUAUGUAAUGCACGGCGUGGUGUGAUCACUAACUUGUCCUAAAAUGUUAUGUUCAAAGGAUGUACCACCUUGGAAAGUAGAGUUGGAUAACUUGUCAUAUAAAAGAUAACAGACAUGUUAUGGCAUUUUGACAGGGGCACAUUAAUUGGACAAUUCUUUACCCCCAAGUUGAGAUGUAAUCUUGUAUUAGUUUUUGUGUUACAGAAAAAAAUGUAUAUUAUAUAAAUUUAUGACAUGCUUAGUUUUAAAAUUACUGCACAGGACAUUGAUGUUAUUAGAAUAUAGUUUUAAAUUUACUGCACAGGACAUUGAUGUUAUUAGAAUAUAUUUGUUGAAAUUUACCAAA